UACAAAUUUAUUUUUCAAAUUUUAAAUUUAAAUAUUUAAAAAGCCUAAAAAUGAAAAGAGUAGAGUGAAUUUGGAAAUGGAAAUAUGAUGAUAGUGUAUAAAUGUAAAUAUGUCGUUCCUUACCAAAUGCUGUAAUCCAUUAAAAAGAAUAUGCUCUAGAUUUCCUGUAACAAACUUUUGUACAGUACCUGACUAUAAAAACUGUUUAAAACUAAAUGGCAUAUCUCUAAAUAACUAUAUCGAGAAACUACAAAAAGAAUUCGAAGUUUUAAAUAAGGAGAACAUAAAUAAUUCCAGAAAACUUGAAUUACAACCAAUUAUGCAGAUUGUAAAUGAAAGAAACCAUUUAAUCAACAAUAUCCAUAAUUUGAAAGAGUUACUUGAAGAGAAAGGUGAUUUAAGAGAAUUGGCUGUUGAUGAAAAAAGCAAUUAUGAGAAACAAUUGGAAUCUUUAGACAAAAAAUUAUUACAUUCUUUAGUACCUACUGAUAAAAAUGAUUUAUACGAUACUCUAGUUCUUGAAGUACAAGCUGGUGUAGGAGGGCAAGAAGCUAUGUUAUUUGCCAAAGAAAUAUUUGAAAUGUACAAAAAUUUCAUUGAAUACAAAGGUUGGGAUUUUGAACUAACAGAUUAUGCACAAACUGAAACUGGAGGAAUUCGUCUAGCCUCAGCUCUUGUACACGGGCCCUCUGUUUCUCGAUACUUUAAAUAUGAAGCAGGAGUUCACAGAGUCCAAAGAAUACCAGCUACUGAAAAAAGUGGUAGGGUACAUACAAGUACAAUAUCUGUAAUAUCCAUGCCUCAACCUACAGAUAUUGAAGUUAAUAUUAAACCAGGCGAUUUAAGGAUUGAAACGAAACGCGCUUCAGGGGCUGGGGGACAACAUGUAAAUAAAACUGAAAGUGCUAUAAGAAUGGUCCACCUGCCCACAGGAAUUGCUGUGGAAUGUCAAGUGGAUAGAUCGCAAAUUAAAAACAGAAAGUUAGCUUUGGCUAAAUUAAGAGCCAUACUGUUUCAGAAAGAAAUAGAAGCACAAUAUAAUUCAAUAGAAGCUGUGAAAAAAAAUCAAGUGAAAACAAGGAAUAGGAAUGAAAAAAUUAGGACUUAUAAUUUUAAUCAAGACAGAAUAACAGAUCAUAGGUUAGGAUUGAAUGUACAUAAUUUAAAAAUGUUCAUGGAAGGUGGUAGACCAUUAGAAAAUCUAAUUGAAAAAUUAGAUGAGCAUUAUUUAACUGAAAAUUUGUUAAGCAUUGUAGCUGAUAAUUCUUAAUCUCACUCAUUGUAAUAAUUCAAUUUUAAUAAAUAAUUUUGUGUUUGGCUAUAUUUUAUUUGAGUUUACUUAAAAUCCUUUGUAUUUAUAAUUACUGAUACAUAUUUAAUUGCUAGUGGUCUAGUCAAUGAUGAUUGGUGGGGUUUUCCUCACCUUGUAAGUCAAAUCGCCUAGGAGCACCAGGACAAAUAAAAAGCAAGGGCCUGUCGGAGGGGAUCAUUGCCAUUAG